AUGUACCAAUGCCUGGAUGCUGUAAAGCUUACACAGAUGCCUAACUUGAUUCAGAUGUUGAAGGAUCGAAGAAAGGGACCAUUCCAGAAAUAUAUGAGAAACAAGGAGAGACUAUUUGCCCACAUAUUCCUUGAAAGAAACAUAUUUUUUCAAAAAUGUCACAAAUUGUACCCAAGAGGCUCAGAGAACUUGUUCAGGAAAAGCUGGCAUCCAUGUGCACCAGAAACAGGAGGACAUAUGAUUGAGAUCUAAGACUUAUUUCGCCCCAACUUAGAUACCCAGAAAGAGACUCAGUUGGUCAUAAAAGAGGGAGCUGUUGGGAUUGAAUCAACACUGGCCAGGUUGGUGAAGAGAGCCUAGAGUGAAGGCCAGCUUUACAGGGAUCCCUUCCAACAUGUCUUCUUCAGCUUCAGAGAGCUGGCCCAGAGCAAGCAGCUGAGUCUGGCUGAGCUCAUAGCACAAGGCCAGGAAGUGCCCACAGCUCCCAUAAAUCAGAUCCUGCCUCAUGCCGAGUAUUUGCUCUUCAUCCUGGAUGGCAUAGAUGACCCAGCAUGGGACUUGGAGGAGCGGAAUCCUGAGCUAUGUCUGUACUGGAACCAGACACAGCCUGUGCACACUCUGCUGGGCAGUUUGCUGGGGAAAUCCGUCCUUCCUGGGGCUGCUUUGCUACUCACAGCUUGGAUCACAGCUCUACAGAAGCUUAUUCCUUCAUUGGGGCAGCCACGCUGGAUAGAAGCUGGGUUCUCUGAGUUUGAACAGAAAAACUAUUUCUACAAAUAAUUUGCAGAAGGAGGAGCUGCAAUUACAUCAUUUAGUUUAGUUCAGUCAAACCCAGUGCUCCUGAUGCUGUGUGAGGUUCCCUGGGUGUGCUGGUUGGUCUGCACUUGCCUGAAAAAGCAGAAGGAGCAGGGUGGAGACCUUUCACUGACCUCACAGUCCACCACAGCCCUCUGCCUGAAAUACCUUUCCCUGACAAUCCCAGGUCAGCACAUAAGGACCCAACUCAGAGCCCUCUGUUCAUUGGCUGCUGAGGGGAUCUGCCAAAGAAGGACCCUGUUCAGUGAGAGCGACCUCUGUAAGCAAGGGUUAGCAGAGGAUGCCAUUGACACUUUCCUGGAGACCAGUGUCCUUCAAAAGCAGCCCAGCUCUCUGAGCUACAGCUUUGCCCAUUUGUGUCUCUAGGAGUUCUUGACAGUGAUGUCCUACAUCUUGGAGAAUAGGAAGAAAAAAUAUGGUGAUAUGGGAAAUGACAAAAUUUUGGAAACACUGAUAGAAGCUUAUGGAAUUCAUACCCCGUGUGAGGCACCCAUUGGUCUUUUGAAUAAACAGGGAAUGAGAGAAAUGGAAAAGAUCGAUGCCUGCAAGCUGCCUUGGAAGACAAAGUUGAAGCUGCUAUGGAGCAUCCUAGGGAACCCACCCUAUCAACUACAUCAUCUGGGUUUGCUCCACUGUCUGUAUGAGAAUCAGGAAGAGGUGUUCCUGAUACUGGUGAUGCAUGAUUUUCACUUAACAAUACCUGGCCCAAACCACAUGGAAGCCACAGUGUUCCAGACAAACACGAAUCUCCUGGUGGUACAGACAGACAUGGAGCUCAUGGGGGUCACUUUCUGCAUUCAGUUCUGCUAUCAUGUGAGGAGCCUUCAACCGAAAAGUGGUGGGCAGCAGGAACAUGAGCCGACAGCCCCCAGGAUGGUUCUGUACAGGUGGACCCCAAUCACUGAUGCCAGUUGGAAGAUUUUCUUCUUCAAUCUAAAAUUCAACCCCAACCUGGAGAAGCUGGACCUAAGUGGAAAUCCACUGAGCUACUCUGCAGCAUGCAGUCUUUGCAAGGCCCUGAGAUACCCUGGCUGCCAACUAAAGACCUUGUGGCUUGUUGAAUGUGGCCUCACAUCCACAGCCUGCUCACUCCUGGCCUCAGUGCUCAGUGCCAGCUCCAGCCUGACUGAGCUGGACCUGCAGCUGAAUGACCUGGGUGAUGAUGGUGUGCAGCUGCUGUGUGAGGGGCUCAGGAAUCCUGCCUGCAACCUCAACAUCCUGUGGCUGGACCAGGCCUCUCUCAGUGAAGAAGUGAUUACAGAGCUCAGGACCCUGGAGGCAAAGAAUCUGAAGUUGCUCAUCUCCAGAGCAUGGAAGCCACAUGUGACUGUCCCUACUAUGAACAUGGAUAAAGAAGAAGUGGGUGAUAGCCCGGCCAUACUGAAGCAGCAGAGACAACAGUCAGGAGACAAACACAUGGAACCUCUGAGAACUGAAAAUGACUUCUGGGGCCCUACAGGACCUGUGGCUACUGAGGUGGUUGACAGAGAGAGGAACCUGUACCGAGUUCAAUUGCCCAUGGCUGGUUCCUACCACUGUCCCAGUACAGGACUCCACUUUGUGGUGAAAAGGGCAGUGACAAUUGAGAUUGAAUUCUGUGCCUGGAGCCAAUUCCUGUACAAGACUCCCUUGCAACACAGUCACAUGGUGGUUGGACCUCUGUUUGACAUCAAGGCUGAGCAAGGAACUGUGACUGCAGUGUACCUCCCUCAUUUUGUGUCUCUCCAAGGUAACCCAGGGAAAAUUAAGGAGUACAGAUGGACCCAAAUCACUAAUGCCAGUUGGAAGAUUCUCUUCUACAAUCUUAAAUUCGCCAGAAAUCUGGAGAUGCUGGACCUCAGUGGAAAUCUACUGAGCUACUCUGCAGUAUUUAGUCUUUAUAAAACACUGAAAACCCCUGACUGCCAACUAAAGACCUUGUGGCUUGUUGACUGUCAACUCACAUCCACAUACUGUUCACUCCUGGCCUCAUUGCUGAGUGACCACCCCAGCCUGACUGAGCUUGACCUGCAGAUGAAUGACCUGGGUGAUGAUGGUGUGAGGCUGUUGUGUGAGGGGCUCAGGAAUCAUGCGGGCAACCUCAGCAUCCUGUGGCUGGACCAAGCCUCUCUCAGUGAUCAGGUGAUUACAGAGCUCAGGACCCUGGAGGCAAAGAAUCCAAAGCUGCACAUCUCCAGCACAUGGAAGCCACAUGUGAUGGUCCCUACUGAGAACAUGGAUAAAGAAGAAGUGGUUGAUAGUUCAAAGUCAUUCAAACAGCAGCAACAACAAUCAGGAGGCAAACACAUGGAACCUCUGGGAACUGACAAUGACUUCUGGGGCCCUACAGGACCUGUGGCUAUUGAGGUGGUUGACAGAGAGGGGAACCAGUACAGAGUUCAAUUGCCCAUGGCUGGUUCCUACCACUGUCCCAGCACAGGACUCCACUUUGUGGUGAGAAGGGCAGUGACAAUCGAGAUUGAAUUCUGUGCCUGGAACCAAUACCUGGACGAGACUUUCUUAAAGCACAGUUACAUGGUGGUUGGUCCUCUGUUUGACAUCAAAGUUAAGCAAGGAGCUGUAACUGCUGUGCACCUCCCUCAUUUUGUGGCUCUCCAAGAGGGAAGUGUGGACAGCUCCUUGUUCCAUGUUGCCCACUUUCAAGAACAUGGGAUGGUCCUAGAAACACCCGCAAGGGUAGAUCAACAUUACGCAGUACUGGAAAACCCAAGCUUCUCUCCAAUGGGGGUUCUACUGAGAAUGAUUCCAGCUGUUGGACACUUCAUCCCCAUCACUUCCAUAACACUGAUCUACUAUCAAUUCCGUUUUGGGGAAAUCACCUUUCACCUUUACCUGGUCCCCAAUGACUGCAGUAUUCGGAAGGCCAUUGAUGAGGAAGAAAUGAUGUUUCGGUUUGUGAGAAUAAACAAGCCACCCCCAGUAGAUGCUCUUUAUAUUGGUUCCCGCUAUAUCGUGUCUGGCUCCAAAAAGGUGGAAAUUAUGCCAAAGGAACUGGAGCUGUGCUACCAAAGCCCUGGGGAAUCCCAGCUUUUUUCUGAGAUCCACGUUAGACACAUGGGUUCAGGGAUUAAGCUACAACUCAGAGACAAGGGGCAUAUGAAACUCAAAUGGGAGGCCUUCCUGAAACCAGGUAAGAUUAUGCCCUUCUCACAUUUACUCUUAGAUGCUCCUUUCUUACGACAUUUUGUGGACCAGCAUCGGGAGCAGCUGGUGGCCCGAGUGACAUCUGUGGACACACUCUUGGACAAGCUGCAUGGUCUGGUGCUGAGUGAAGAUUCCUAUGAGGCAGUGCGGGCUGAGACCACAAACCAAGACAAGAUGAGGAAGCUCUUCAGCCUUAGCCGGUCCUGGAGUCAAGCCUGCAAAGACCAAUUCUACCAAGCUCUGAAGGAGACCCAUCCUCACCUGAUGAUGGACCUCCUUGUGAACUCUGGCAGGGUCGCUUUGUGAACGUGACUUGGAGAGGAGCCUAUCAUCACUUUUCCUGAGAGGCUUCAUCCAGUGGAUGGAAACAGAUACAGAGACCCAGAGAUGACAUCACGUGGUGCUUGAGAGGCUUGUGGAAGAGUGACGGAUAGAACUGAGCAGGAUGGAGGGGCCAAGGACACCACAACACCUACAUAAUCGACUAACCCUGGGAUCAUGGGGACUCACAGAGGUGGAACUGCCAGCCAAAGAGCAUGCAGUGGCUGGACCUAGCUCCCAUAAAUGUUUGUAACAGACGUGCUGCUUCGUCUUCAUGUGGAUAUACCAACAACUGGAGAGGAAGCUGUCUCUAACUCUGUUGUCUACCUUUGGAUCCCUUUCCUCUGACUGGACUGAAUGGUUGGGCCUCAGUGACAAGGAUGGGCUUAGGCCUAU